AUGGCUCCUCUCUACAGGAAGGCACUUAUCAUUGGUGCUACUUCAGGUAUCGGAGCGGCCCUUGCGUCUAAGCUUGUCGCGACCGGCACCAGGGUUGUGGUCGUAGGUCGCCGGCGAACUCGCCUAGAGUCUUUCGUGAAAACACACGGAUCAGACGUUUCAAGUGCCUUUGAGUUCGACGUAACGAACCUGAAUGGCAUCAAAGCGUUUGCAAAUACUGUCAUCCAAUCUAAUCCAGAUCUCGACUGUAUUAUCAUCUGCUCAGGUGUCCAGCGCGGCUUCAACUUCUCUGAGCCAGAGACAGUAAAUCUUUCACUUCUCGGGGAAGAACUUACGACAAACUAUACUUCUGUUGUUCACCUUACAGCAGCAUUCUUGCCCCAUCUCCAGAAAGAGCUGCAUGGUAGUAUUGUAUAUAUCAAUGCUACUUUGGGACUGAUCCCAGCUAUGAGCCGGACACCAAACUAUAAUGCUUCUAAAGCUGCCCUUCACGCCUUUGUUAUGGACAUACGCUACCAGCUCCGCGAUAGUGGGUGUCCUUUACAUAUUGUUGAAGUGUUUCCUCCUGCAGUGCAAACCGAGCUGCAUGACGAAAGGCAUCAGCCAGAUCUAGUUCAUGGAAUGGAAAUAGGCAUGCCAUUAGCUGAAUUUAUUGAGCAAAUGUAUGAUGGCCUGGCCAAGGGCAGUGAUCAAUUUGCUAUUGGCCUGGGAGAAGACCUCUUUAAAGAAGGAGGAUGGGAGUUUCAGCGCGGGCAAAUGUGUGACGAAGCAAGAGAGUUGUUGAAUUAUGCGUUGGUGGAUUAUUUACGCACCUAA